CCGCUCCGCUGGGAUUCGGGAUUUCCUCCGCCUCUUCCUCCUCCUCCGCCGCCGCCGCCGCCGCAGCCGCCGCCGCAGCAGCAGCAGCAGCAGCCCCGGGAUUUUGGUGCGGGGGGGGGGACGCGCACAAAGGUGCGGCGGCGAUGCUCGAUCGCAGACCCCCGGCACGGCCGCCCGUCCCGUGAGCGGCCCCCCAUGCGCAUCCCCCCUCCGGCGCCCGCCAGCUGGAUGCCGUCCCCGCCGGAGGCUCAGGAUGCCCCAAGUGCCUCGGUGACCGCCGGGACGGGGGACAGCACCCGCCUGCAGCCGCCUCACCCCGACCUCCCGCACCGCCCCGUCGGCGGGCGAGCCAUUUUCUCCUGAGACGAGCCCAACCAGGUGAUCAAAAUAGAGUCCCUCAAGGUGACGGUCGACUUCUUGAAGGUGCCCCUGGGCCUGAAGAAGCCCUCUCUGAAGGAGGCCCUGGCCGCCGUCCCGGGGCCAGGGAGAACCAAACCCCUCGGUGUGGAGCGGAACAAGCCCCGGCGCUCCGACACCAUGGACAAUGAGUCGCAAUACUCGGGAUAUUCCUACAAGUCCGGGCAUUCCCGCAGCUCCCGCAAGCACAGGGACCGGCGGGACCGGCAUCGCUCAAAAAGCCGGGACGGGAGCCGCGGGGACAAGUCGGUGACCAUCCAAGCGCCAGGCGAGCCCUUGUUGGACAACGAAUCGACCCGGGGGGAUGAGAGGGAUGACAACUGGGGCGAGACCACCACGGUGGUGACGGGGACGUCGGAGCACAGCAUCUCGCACGAUGACAUCACCCGCAUCACCAAGGACAUGGAGGACAGCGCCCACCUGGACUGCUCCCGGCACCUGGGCGUCUCGCUGGCCGGGGCGCUGGCGCUGCUCGCCUUCCUCACCCCCCUUGCCUUCAUGCUCCUGCCCCAGCUGCUGUGGCGGGAGGAGCUGGAGCCUUGCGGGACGCCCUGCGAGGGGCUCUUCAUCUCUGUGGCCUUCAAACUCCUCAUCCUCCUGCUGGGCAGCUGGGCUCUUUUCUUCCGUCGCCCCAAAGCCUUCUUCCCCCGCGUUUUCGUCUUCCGAGCGUUGCUCAUGGUGCUCGUCUUCCUCCUCGUCGUCUCCUACUGGCUUUUUUACGGCGUGCGGAUCCUGGACUCGCGGGAUCGCAACUAUCAGGGGGUGGUGCAGUACGCCGUCUCGCUGGUGGACGCGCUGCUCUUCGUGCAUUACCUGGCCGUGGUGCUGCUGGAGCUGCGUCAGCUCCAGCCCCAGUUCACCCUCAAGGCCGUCCGCUCCGCCGACGGAGCCAGCCGCUUCUACAACGUCGGUCACCUCAGCAUCCAGCGAGCAGCCGUCUGGAUCCUGGAGAACUAUUACCACGAUUUCCCGGUCUACAACCCUGCCCUCCUCAACCUGCCAAAAUCCCUCCUGUCCAAGAAAAUGUCCGGGUUUAAAGUCUAUUCCCUCGGCGAGGAAAACACAACGAACAACUCCACGGGUCAGUCCCGGGCUGUCAUCGCGGCGGCUGCCCGGAGGCGAGACAACAGCCACAACGAGUAUUACUACGAGGAGGCAGAGCACGAGCGCAGGGUGCGGAAACGCCGCGCCAGGCUGGUGGUGGCGGUGGAAGAAGCCUUCACCCACAUCAAGCGGCUGCAGGAGGAAGACCAGAAGAACCCACGGGAGAUCAUGGAUCCGCGGGAGGCGGCUCAGGCCAUCUUUGCCUCCAUGGCCCGGGCCAUGCAGAAGUACCUGCGUACCACCAAGCAGCAACCCUACCACACCAUGGAGAGCAUCCUGCAGCACCUCGAGUUCUGCAUCACCCAUGACAUGACGCCCAAGGCGUUCCUUGAGCGGUACCUGACGGCCGGACCCACCAUCCAGUACCACAAGGACCGCUGGCUGGCCAAGCAGUGGACGCUAGUCAGCGAGGAGCCGGUGACGAACGGCCUGAAAGAUGGGGUGGUCUUCGUGCUGAAGCGCCAGGACUUCAGCCUCGUGGUGAGCACCAAGAAGAUCCCUUUCUUCAAGCUCUCGGAGGAGUUUGUGGACCCCAAGUCGCACAAGUUCGUCAUGAGGCUGCAGUCGGAGACCUCUGUGUGAGCUGAAGAGGGAUGGAGAGGGGCUGGGGUGGGGGGGACACACCCUCUCCAGACCCCUCCGUCUCAUCCUCCCCGUCUCCGCCGGGGCUCAGGGAGGCCACGGCUCGAGGGCAGAACUGCGGCGGGUACCGGGAAGCAGCACCCAUGCCCAGCUCCAUCACCUACCUGUGACCACUCGCCCUCCGCCUUGGCUUGGCCCUCGUUGGGGUGGGCUGAGCCCCUUCCUCCUCCUCCUCAUCCUCCUCCUCCUCCUCGAAACCCAGGUCCUUGUAGCAUCCUCCCAGAAGGAGCAGCCGGCAGAGGACAGUGGCACGGCCAGGAAGGAGACGGCGUUUUGGUGCCAUAACUCAAGGGCUAACUCUACAUGUUCUUCACCAGCGUCUUCAAGCACCAUCAGGUCCCAAGGACCUUCUGCGCUCACCCGUUUUCUACCUGGCAACUGUCCUGGCUCUGACCUUAAACCACCGCCUGGCAUCUGGGGCUGGUUUUUAAUUCUAGAGAUUUUUUUAUUAUUCUUUUUUUUGGGAGUAUCUUGCAAACACCUCCGCGAUCCGUGGCUGCUAUGAAAACCUCCCCCGGCAUCCGAGACACCAGAGCAGUGAUGCUCCUGGCUGUAGGAACGUCCUCCUCGCCUCUCUGCUGAUGGUUUCUGUGCUCAGCUCUUAACAAAAGCAAGUGAAAAUCUGGUUUUUAAGAGAA